CUGGUGGACAGCAAAGGUGCAUAUCCAUUCACCGCUGGACCUUCUAUAAAAUGGCUUGUUCCAUCCUGCUUCUUGAAGCAAGCAAACGAACCAUAUAUGCACAAGCCUUCCCUUGAAAUACAUACAUACAUCUACAUGGCGUCCAUCACCCGUGAAAUGGUGUGCGGUUUUGAACCGUCGGUCUGGGGUGACUACUUCAUCACAUAUCAGCCGCCACCACUACAGAGGUCAGAGGUUUCGUUGAGGAUCAGAGCAAAGAAAUUGACGGAGGACGUCUGUAUGUUGCUUAACACUUGCAAGGACGGGUUGGAGAAAAUAACAUUAGUGGAUUCACUUCAGCAUCUCGGAAUCGAUCACCUUUUCGCAGAACAAAUCCGAACAUCAUUAUGGGACAUCCAUGGAACCGAAUUUAGUAGUUCUAGCCUCCAUUAUGUUGCUCUCCGAUUCCGGUUGCUUAGAGAGCAUGGAAUUUGGGUAUCUACAGAUGUAUUCAAUAACUUCAGAGGUAAAGAUGGGUGCUUCAAGAAGGACAUAACAAAUGAGCCAAAGGGAUUGUUAAGUUUGUACAACGCUGCUUACCUUUUUGUUCAUAAUGAGCCGGAGCUCGAAGAAGCCAUUUCCUUUGCCAGACAUCAUCUUGAAGUAAUUAGGGGCAGUCUCAACUCCCCUUUAGCUGAGCAAGUCAAACGAGCUCUUCAGGUACCACUUCCAAGGACCUCUAGAAGGGUGGAAACAUUGCACUACUUGUCGGAAUACAAAAAAGAGAAGGACUAUAAACCUCUUAUGCUUGAGCUCGCCCAGCUGGAUUUUACCCUUUUGCGGCAUGUCCAGCUAAUGGAGCUCAAAGAUAUUAGCGAGUGGUGGAAUAACCUGAAGAGCAUCUGUGGACUAACCUAUGUGUGUGAUCGUAUUGUGGAGGCUUACUUGUGGUCUCAUACAGUGUUCUAUGAGCAAAGUUGUGCACGCGCAAGGAUGAUCAAGGCCAAGUUAAUUACACUAAUCACCAUACUGGAUGACACAUAUGAUGUACAUGCCAUCAUAGAGGAAUGUCGGCUGCUAAAUGCAGCCAUUCAAAGAUGGGAUGAGAGUGCCAUUUCUGACGUACCAGAGUACCUGAAAAUAUUCUAUAGAGAAUUGCUAAGAAACUUUCAGAUGUUUGAGGGAGAAGAGGCAAUAGUUGACAAGUACCGGAUUGACUACAUGAAGAAAGCGUUCCAAAAUCAGUCUGCUUAUUAUCUCCAAGAAGCUGAAUGGGUACAACAAAAUCAUAAGCCAUGUUUUGAAGAUCAAGUGAAUCUGACAUCCAUGUCCUCAGCCGUGCCAUUGCUAUCCGUGGGUAUGUUGGCUGGCAUGGGUGAGGCAAUAACGAAUGCAGCAUUCGAUUGGGUAUCCAGUAGGCCUGAUGCAGUCAUAGCCGGCGCAAAGAUUGGCCGUUUUCUGAAUGACAUCACGGCAUAUAAACGCGGAAAGAACAGGGGGGACGUAGAGAGCUCUGUGGAGUGUUACAUCCAUGAGCAUGGAGUUACAGAUGAGCAAGCCUUCGCAGUAAUCUAUUCACUCAUAGAGGAUGGGUGGAAAACCACGAAUCAGGCUCGCUUUGAUCACGGUGCACUACUACCAGCAGUGCAGCGGGUUGUCAAUGCAGUUGUUAGCAUGCAACUCUACUACGACAAUGGAGGAGAUGCAUACACAUUCAACAUGCACAUUCAAGAGAUCGUCAACAAACUGUUUCUCAAGCCCAUUCCUAUGUAA